AUUGGUGGUAGCGACCAGUGGGGCAACAUCACGGCUGGGAUCGAUCUGGGACGCCGGAUGCGAUCGGCUCAACUCUUCGGUAUGACCUGUCCGCUUUUGACCAAAAGCGACGGGACCAAGAUGGGGAAGACCGAGUCCGGCGCCAUUUGGCUGUCGGCCGAUCGCACAAGUCCAUACGCGUUCUACCAAUACUGGAUCAACGUCGCGGAUGAAGAUGCCGGCAAGUGCUUGCGAUUCCUGACUGAACUAGAACGGGAAGAAAUCGAAUCGCUGGAUAAAGCCGAAGCAUUGACCGAACUGGUCCACGGCAAGCAGGGUGUCGAAAGUGCUCUACGUGCAACCGACAUUUUCUUUGGCGGCGAGAUCGAUAAUUUGAGCGAUAAGCAGCUCAUCGAAAUUUUCGCGGAUGUGCCUAGCCAAGAGCUUAGCCGAGACCGACUGGCCGCCGAUGGUGGAUUAAACAUCGUCGAUGCGUUGGUUGAGUCAGGCCUUUGCAAGAGCAAGGGGGACGCACGCCGAACCAUUUCGCAGGGCGGGGCUUACGUCAAUAAUCGCCGCGUUGAAGAGGUCGAAAGAUCGCUCGGCACCACCGAUUUGGCCAGCGAAACGGUCAUGGUCUUACGGAGCGGCAAGAAGAAAUACGCUUUGUUGCGGUUUGCUGGCGA